AUCUGAACAUAUAAUGCCUAUUAUAGACCUUCGAAAAUAAAUGCCAUCAUUAGAUACAUAGGAAAUCUAUUAACAAUAUUUAUUUCCACGACCUUCAUCUUAAUAUCGAAUCAUAUCAAACACUUUUGCAAUUGGAUUCUGUGGAUUUUUUUAUGGGAUUGCAAAAGCCUUAUAAAAACAUCAAUCAAGAUUAAUCUAUUCAAAUUUAUAUUGUUUCUAUGGAUUAUUAACAGGAUUUACACAUUAAUUAUUGAAUGAAAUUAGUACAGGUAUAUUAAUAAGAAAUUUUGGAUUUGACUAGUAUUGGGCAUCAAAUACAGUAUCUGGAAUAAUUAAUUGUGCAAUAAUUUAUAGUGGAAUGUAAUUAAAAGCCAAGGAGAGUGGUUAAUUGAUCAAAGCAUAAAAACUUGCUGGAGGGAUUUGUUUAUUUUCUAUGUUUUUAGAUCUACUAAGUUAGGUAGAAAGAAAAAUGUUUUUAGAAUAUCUUGAAAAGAAUGAAGUUACAAAGAAAAAUUGA